CUGCAGCUACGGGGUCCUUCGUCUGGCCCCAACUACGCACAAGGGUAGCAAUGGCGGCUUCCAUCGUUGCCAGGAGGGCGACGGGGAUAUUGGGCGUCUUGAAAGACGGUUGUUUUCCGAAAUCGGUUUUACCAGUCCUGUCUAGAUGCGGUUGUUUGUUGCAGGUUGCCAACUACAACCCCAGACCUCUCAAGCUGAAUAUCAAGAGCCCGUACAUCCCUGACAAAGAGAGCGAAAAUACGCCCGAGUGGCAAAAGACGGACAAGUACGAUCGCAAACUGUUCGGGCGAUACGGCUCCGUCUCCGGCGUGAACCCGGCCAAGCUGUGGCCGAGUCCCGAGGAGCUGGACAAGCUGAUCGCAGAAGAGAAAGAAUGGCAGCCAUCUCUUGAGGAAAUGCUGAAAAACGUCGAGGAGAAAGAAAUGGAGAAGGCAAAGAAACAGAGGGCCAGGGAGAAAUUAAUCGCUGCCAAUAUGGCCAAGAUGCCGAAGAUGAUCGAGGACUGGCGCCGGGAGACGCGCGCGCUCAAGCAGAAGAAGAAGGAGGACAAGGCGCGUAAGGAGCGGCUCAUCGCGGAGGCGCGCGAGCGUUUUGGCUACGCGCUGGAUCCCCGCAGCCCAAAGUUCCAGGAGAUGGUGCAGGAGAUGGAGAAGGAGGAAAAGAAAAAGAAGAAGCUGCUCAAAAGUCGAAUGAGACAAACUGCUUCUACUUUUCCAGCACCUCCAAUCAAAUCAGAUUAGCUGAUGUGACUGAAGGAAGAACUUUGUACAUAAACUUUCCAUCACAACCAUCCCACUCAUGCUCUGCAGCCAACUGCACAUGAGUGGGAAGCUGUUCCAUGUGUUAUUUCUCAAGAUGAAGAAUUAGUUUACUUGAUUGAGAUUGCUGAUUGAGGUUUUCUAUUAAAGAUGGUCUGGGUAACUGCUCUUGACUUAAAAUUUUAUA